AUGACUACUUCCACCACACUUCUUACUAGCUCAUGGCCACCAGUACGUGUACCUGUCACAGCUGAAGCCGUCCGAGGAAUAAGCGAUUGGUCUCACUGGGUUAUCAAACCGUCCGACACUGCAUCUCACGGUGGUCUAAUUGCCGGUGCUUAUCCUGGUCAUAAAGAUCCUGCUCAACACAAACUACUCAUUCGUCACUUAAUUCAGACAGUUGGUGUUUCUGUGUUUGUUAACUUAAUAGAAACUGAUCAACUUCCUCGUUUUACGCCGUAUAUUGAUUUAGCUAAAGAAGCAGCAGUCAGUACGACUACUAAGACUACAUCAAAGGAAGAUAUUCAUUUUAUUCCAUUUCCAAUUGUUGACAGUCGAGUACACACAGAUCCAGCUCAAGUUCUUAAAAUUUGUUUAGAUAUUAUUGAAUUAGUUAAACAGGGUAAAAUUAUCUAUGUUCAUUGUUGGGGAGGACAUGGACGAACUGGAACGUUAAUUUCAAUUAUCUUAGGCAUUGUCUAUGAUCUAGAUGGUGAUCAAGCAUUGGAAUUGAAUGGAAAAUUACAUGAUCUAAGGAAGAUUACAAAUGGAAUACCAAGUCCAGAAACUGAUGUACAGUUAAAACAAGUUAGAGAGGUAUUGAAUAAGUAUCAUGCAGAGAAUAAGAAGCAGAAGAUUUAG